AUGUCUCCAAGACCACCAACAUGUCUUCAGCCCUUGAUUGCUCGUCUACCCCCUCAAGUUCGCUUCCUCCCUUACCCCGCCAUUAGGAUAAUAUCCCUUUUGAUCCUCAUCAAUAUUGUUAUUUGGGUCGUGGUUUCUAUUGUUUUGCGUUCUAAUCCACUUCUAUCUUCGUCGGCUGUACUUUCAUAUACAUUUGGUUUGAGACAUGCUCUCGAUGCCGAUCACAUUUCCGCCAUCGAUCUCAUGACCCGCCGUCUAAUUGCCUCCGGUUCGCCUCAUACAUCCCAACCCGUAACAGUCGGUACCUGGUUCUCGUUGGGUCACUCUACCAUCGUCAUAAUAACCUGUAUCGUCGUUGCAGCCACCUCUGGCGCUCUCGAAUCCCGCUUCAAUUCUUUUCGCAACGUGGGAGGUAUUAUCGGUACGGGCAUUUCGGCUGGUGUUCUGAUCUUACUGGGGAUUGGUAAUGCAUGGAUUUUAUGGAGAUUGGUGGUGAAGAUGAGAGGAGUACUAAGGGAAGAAGUCGAUGGGGAUGGAGGUGAGACUGGAUUGGGCUUCGAAGGAGGAGGAAUCAUGAUGAGAGUUCUGAGAAGGGUCUUCAAAGUGAUUGAUCGUCCUUGGAAAAUGUAUCCGCUGGGUGUGCUAUUUGGUCUUGGUUUUGAUACCAGUAGUGAAAUCGCGGUACUUGGAAUUGCAUCUGUUCAAGGCGCGAAAGGAACUAGCAUUUGGCUGAUUUUGAUUUUUCCCGUUUUAUUUACUGCCGGCAUGUGUCUAAUCGACACCACCGACGGCGCACUAAUGAUGACGCUCUACACAUCCACGUCUCUCGCUCGCGACACCAUAGCAAUCCUCUACUACUCAAUUGUUCUUACAGGUAUCACAGUUCUAGUAGCCAUCUGCAUCGGAGUGAUCCAAUUACUUUCCCUUAUUGCGAACUUCUCAACAGGACCGUUUUGGGAUGGGGUGAAUGCUGCGGGUGAUCAUUUCGAUGUUAUUGGUGGGGGCAUUUGUGGCGCUUUUGUCGUUUUUGGGGGUGCGAGUGUGGUGAUUUAUGGUCCUUGGAGGAGGUGGGUUGAGAAGGGUAGGGUGGGGGGAAGAGGGGCGGGGAUGGGGUUGGAGAAUGGGAGUGGGAGUGGGAGUGGGAGUGGAGAGACAGAGGUAGAAUUGGGGGUUAUGGGGAAGAAGGGAAAGAAGGAAGAUGAGAUUAGAGAUAUGGAUAGAGAUGAGAAAGAUAUUGGCAGACUUAGAGACAAGGUGAUUGAAGUGGAAUAA